AUGCCCCUCUAUAUGAGCAACUUCGCAGAUAUGCUUGCAAGCCAGAGGGGAUACGGUGCGGUGGAGACGAUUAUUCCGCUCGAGAACGGCUCGGGUCAUGACCAUGGCAUUGACCUGGUCAAUUCCCCGGUUGACAUCUCUGCUCUACCUCCAUUCACAAGCGAACUUACUCCAGAGCUUACGCCUCAUGAUAUCGAGGACAAGAUCGCCUCAGACGACCGUAAUUAUAUCAAUCUCCUUGGAAGUUUUAUCGAGUGCAUCCACCGGGGCAUAUUUCUCCUCUCCUUAACCAAAGCAAAACACCCUGCCGCUUCCAAGAUUGGGGACGAGCUCGGGGACAAGCUCGAUCAGCUCAAAGUGGAGGUAGAUGCGAUUUUCACAAGACACAGCUUUUUCAAACUUGAGACGAGACUUUCGGCUAUCGUCAAGCUUGUAUCCACAAUAUCCAGCGAUCUUCGUGUCGUACCCUCCGUGGGUGCCGAAUCACUUUCGACGGAUGCGGUCGGCUAUACGAAACGAGGAAGGAAAAAUUUCAUAAUGGCACUUAGAAUCGUGAGACAGGUCUGGGAUGUCUGCUUCUUUCCAGAUUUGAAUGACUUUCGCGGCAUCCUUGACGGUCCUUUUGAAUCUUUCCUGACCGUCACGGCCUCCUCCCAGGAUGCUUUCGCGAAUACGGUAGAAUGCUAUGUCACCUGGCGUUGGGGGAAGCGUGGAAUGAAUAUCCUGAGUUGGCUAGCUAGGCUUCUCUCUGUAUCGCCAAAUCAACACCCAAAUACGGAGCCGGUCUGCGUCGAACUUCGAGGCUGGAUAGCUGAGAAACCUGCUACAAGUUUGUCGAAUCGGGGGGAUAUUACUCUCCGGAUUCGAUGGAUCGAGGGCAGAUUGGAGGAUUACUAUGUUCAAGUUGCGGACAUCGCAUCACAACUGGCAUGGGUUGUAGCAGCUUUGAAGGAACCUCCUAGCACAACCGUUUCAUUCACCAGGGCCAGGAUUGAGUACUUGCAGGAUAAGGAAUCCUUUUGUCCAUAUUUCCAGAUUGCACAUGAAGACGCCUCCAGCCAGCUCCUAGGCGACGGCGAAGACACAUGUUGGCAUCAGCUUUUCACCGAAUUGAACGUUGCUGUUGGAUUCCCUGUCCCCGAACGACCCGAGAAAAUGGGCGGUGUGGAAUUACCGUUACCCCUGAUGACAACCUUUGCCAACAUUGGUUACCCAGUCGCAUAUAGGGACGGUUUUAUCCUGAAGGGGUGGCAAAACGCAUUGUUCCCUAUUCGCACCGACUCUGAUUCGUGUCUCUCUAAAGCGGUUUCCAACCUUCAAUGGCACCUCUUUAGAAGCGCAAAAGAGCGGCUCUACAUGACAGAAGUCAAGGAACUCAAACCGGAUCUUCGCCCUGUCAAGGCUCAGUUGUCUCAAGAGGAGUUUAUUAAUGCGAUUAAGCAAACAAAGCGCCACUUCCUCGGGCUGUACGAAAGCGCUACCGUUCGCAUUGGUACAGAUGACUCGCGUUUGGACAAUAUCGACCACGUCCAUGUUGAUGAUGGCCUCAAAGAGCGGCGUCUGAAAAGCCUGGUCUGUUGGAAUAGAAACAUAAACGCUUCGGCAGGUGGCGGAUUUGGAGGAUCAUCUAUAGGAGUUUCAACAGGCAUCCGUCUACGAACAAAGAAAGAGCGACAGCUGCGUCUUGGAGUAGAGGUUACCAUGGACAAGCUUAUCAAGAUGACGCUUACCAACUCCACCAUGCUCUACAAUAUUCAGACCAAAGUUUCAUGGAUGUUGCCCCAGAUUUGCGUUAUACUGUAUUUGAUCCAGGCAUGGGCGAAGCAGUAUGCCCCGGCAAAUGCACACAUCCACUACCCGACGUUUGAUACGUAUGAAAAGAAUCUCCACGACCUGAAGAAUGUCCUGGAAUCAUUCUGGAGAGAUGAUACCGCGCAGAAAGCUCAUCUUGAUUUGAAGGAGGCCUUCAUCUACUAUGCUCAAGCUCUCGACGAAUUGCAGGACGACGAAGACCUGAAGCCUGCGAAGGGAAUUAAUCCAAGUAAGCUGGCCGGUGUGGACUUCACUACACUAGCAAACCAGCCACGCUCCUACUCAAUCGUCACAGUCAAUCUUAACAACCAAACUUGCGGCGACUGGCUACAGAUGUUAAAGAGCGAUUGGAAGGACACUACGUUGCGAGGCGCACCGUAUCGCGUGGUCACUCUAUUCUGCGCUAAUCUCCCCCGACCGCCAGUCCAGCCACUUCCACCACCUAUGCUGGCUGCGACCCCCUCAAGGCUGUGA